AUGAGGUCGAUUAUAGGAUACGCUACUUUAGCUUCUGCAAACAUUAUUUUUACCCAUGUUCCACUCCGAUGUAGCUCUGAUGAUACCACUCGCAUGUACGCUGGCUGUCUCCGAGGACAGAGUUGUACUACCGAAGGAGAAUGUGUGCUAGCCGAGGAGUUUCGCGAUAUUCCCCUAUCUUUUCGCAAGAAUAAUCCAGUUGUCUCCCGAGACCUUUCCGGGCCUCCAAGGUGUGGUGUAGAUUUUGGAAAUGAGAAGUGCAGUAAGCUUUCAGCUUUUGGGAGUUGCUGUUCAGCAUCGGGAGAAUGCGGAUCUACCCCAUCUCAUUGUCUGCAAGAAAAUGGAUGCCAGAGUGGCUGCAGUUUUUCAUUUUACUCCCUCGGCAUGAAUCUUUUUCGACCCUUCAAAAAGUAUUGGAGAAGACCAAAAGUAUCACAAGAGCCUGUCUUAAAUCAGCCAAUACUGCUAGAUGAUAAAGUAGAAAGCUAUCCAUCAACCCACGAAGUCGAGACACAAGAUGGUACGUGCGGUGCCAAUAAUCACGGCACUGUUUGUGGAAACUGGCCUAGUGGAAACUGCUGCUCUCUGUACGGCUACUGUGGUAAUUCUACAUCACAUUGUGCAGCUGGAUGCCAGUCUGGGAGCUGUAUCCAAGCUCCCUUGCAAGAAUUUAAGCCAAAGCCAGCUCCAGCAGCUCCCGUACCCGGAUCCUUCCAGGUCGUUGGGAAAUCUGGGGUAGCUGUGAUGCAUGCAGGUCUCUUGCCUAAUGGAAAUGUUUUUUUCCUCGAUAAGCUAGAAAAUUAUUCUCAGUUGAUGACUAGUGAUGGCCACUACGCUAUGUCAGCCGAAUAUGACCCCUAUACAAAUCGAGCCAUCGCCCUUUCCUACUCAACUAACGCAUUUUGCUCGGGAGGCGCAUAUCUUGCUGAUGGUCGCGUUAUUGCUGUUGGUGGUAACGGUCCUUUGAUUCAUGUCAACCCAAAUAUUGGCGAUGGCUUUCGAGGCAUUAGGACUCUCGCUCGAUCUUCUACCAAUAGAUACCUAGACGGACAGUCUUGGGUAGAAUCUGAUAGUAAUAAGUUAUCAACGGCUCGGUGGUAUCCUUCAGUCCAAACCAUGCCUGAUGGAAGCGUCUUUGUUGUUUCCGGAAGUUUAAAUGGUCUGGAUCCAUCAGUCCCAAAAAAUAAUAAUCCCACAUACGAGAUUCUUAAUCGUGAUGGAAGCCCUCGCGGAAAGACCAUAAAGCUAGAUAUCUUGGUGAGAAAUCAGCCUUAUUACAUGUAUCCCUUCAUGCAUGUGUUACCAGAUGGAAAUGUCUUUAUUUUCGUGGCAAAGCAAGCUGAAAUUUUCAAUGUCGACCGUAUUUCCACCAUUAAGCAACUUCCAGACCUUCCAGGAGAUUACCGCACUUAUCCUAAUACCGGAGGAAGCUUGUUGCUCCCACUCUCCAGCGCGACAAACUGGAAACCAGAGGUUCUCAUCUGUGGAGGAGGUGUUUAUCAAGAUAUUAAUAGCCCAACUGAUGCAAGUUGCGGCCGAAUAUCUCCUCUAGAUGAAAACCCAACUUGGGAGAUGGAUGCUAUGCCCGAAGGCCGUGGAAUGGUCGAAGGUACCUUGCUACCAGACGGCACUUCAGUCUGGCUUAAUGGUGGUAAUAGAGGUGCUCAAGGGUUUGGAUUAAUGGCCAAACCCGUCUUAGAAGCGCUACUUUAUGAUCCAACGAAGCCAUUAGGUCAACGCUUCAGUACUUUGGCAUCUUCUGGAAUCCCGCGUCUCUACCAUUCAUGCGCCCUGCUCAUGCUUGAUGGAACCAUAUUAGUGACGGGCUCUAACCCUGUUGAGAUGCCAAAGUUACAGCCUGAUGCGGCGGAUCCCUAUGUUACAGAGUACCGUGUUGAGAAAUAUAUUCCUCCAUAUCUGCAAGGGUCCAAUGCUUUCAGACGCCCAUCAAAAAUUGAGCUUAGUACCAGAAAUAUUCGUGCUGACGGCAAUCUAUUCAGUGUAAGUUUUACCGUUCCAAAGGGCACUACAAGAGCUCAGGUUGCACUCUACCAUGGUGGUUUUGUCACGCAUUCCUUACAUAUGGGUCACCGAAUGCUUUUCCUUGAUAUCAAGGGCUUCAAAUCUGGGGCUAGACGCCAGAAGAUUUCGGUCAACAGUCCUCCUAAUAACAAUCUUGCUCCUCCAGGGCCAUAUGUUAUAUAUGUCGUAGUCGAUGGCAUUCCCGGGCAUGGACAGACAGUAAAUGUUUAUUAA